AUGGCCAGUAGUGUAGGUCGCGCGGCAGCCACUCGCCGAGCGGCGCCAUGGUCGCUAGCGGCUGCACCAGCCGGCAGCUGGUUGCGCCAGUCUGGGCUGCUGAACCGGGGAACAGGCGCGCCCGUGGCCUCUGGCGGGGCAGCCUUGGCCGCGCAGUUCACGGCCCCACCUACGGCUGGUUCCGGCGUGCUGUGCUCCACUACUCUGCUGUCUGCUGUGCGCGCCGUGGCCCACUUCAGUUCACUCGUGCUCCUCAGCUCAGUACCACUCUCUGCGUACAAAAUAUUAGGGCCAUUCAAAAGUUCUACUCGCUGUGAGAGAGAAUUGAAGAAAAUAAUUUACGAGGUUUCUGCGAGUUGGGCUGCGUGGGUGCGGCGCCACGUCCCGCUUCGGUGCACAGAAGCUGUGACGUGCCGUCUAGUGGGAAGUGACUCCCGGUUGGGCCCCGGCGUUUAGGUGUUGUUGGGACGGCUGGCCUGCUGCUUCCGGCAUUUAAGUUAAGUCACCUUUGCCCAGGGCAGC